GGAAGCAAUCGUCGCUCUUAAUAAGCAUCACGCCUGAUGACUAAACUUGUACCUCCAUAGAGAAGCUGAGAUUGCUUUCAAAGAACCGGAUACUGCGCUACUCGGUUUCGGUAUAUUAAUAUUAUUAUAUAAUGAUCAACUAUUGGAUCCUUGGACAAAAAUUUGUUAUCAGAAUAUCUUUACUAUUUGAUUAUAUAAUUUUAUUAUUUGACUGUACCAUGCCUACGCGUACUUGUGGUAAGUAUAUUCUUUUAAUAUAAAAAUAGAACUUUUUAGCUAGAGAAACUCCUGAACGAGUUUAAUCAUGCGCUAUUUGAUCUAAUUGACAUCGUGGGGCUUGGGAUAUGACCCUGACAUCUAUUGCCAGUACCUUUUACUGCACGAUCCAAGUGCAUAGGACGUGUUGCUGCUUCAGUGAGUUCAUAGGAAAAGCAAAAAUAUUCUCUUGUUAUCUGUUUUUUUCAAAACUAAUUUUUGUCCCUUAUUAUUUUUAGGAUCUUACGGGAAAAAUGAUUUUUCUAUUCUUUUGGAUCUUCGUCACGGUAAUUUUCAUGUCUUCGUUUGUCUCUGUCACGUGAAUUUCAAAUAAUUUCAAUAGACAUGGGCGCGAGUGUUAUGGAAUGGAUCCAGUCCAGGAAGAGGAAGCAUUUUUAUCUGAAAAUAUUCAAAAAAGUCAUAGGCUCUAUUAUUUAUAUACUUAAUCAAAGUCACAAUGCAUAUCUUUCAAAUUAUAUCAUUAGAUGAGUAACUGGUAAGAAAUGACCGUUAAAUCGUAUUUCAGUUACACUGAAGCUAGAGACUAGAAGCUCAAGUGAAAUGUAAUUAUAGUGUUUAGAGCUACCGAACGGGAACCGAGUGCUGGAAGUAUCCUAAGGCGCCAAGGGCGAUGAAAAAACGAUAGGAUCCAGGGAUCCAGCUUCCGAAUUCCCACACAAAAGGCCCCAGUCUCUGGUAUCUCUAACCCAUCAGACCCAUUUGGGACAGACACCUCGUAAUUUCUUUAGAGUCCCUGGAGACUCCGCAGAAGUCAAAAAAAGAUCGACACAAAAUAAAUGAAUGACGUUAAAAAUCCUGUCUUUGACCACGUUCUUAAAAAGGAAACUCGGUCUGGACCUCGUGCCACGUCAGGGUGCUCACAUGGUGGAUCCAGAUACGAUGUCGGUUGUUGAACUUUAUCACGUGCAUGUACAGAGCGCUGAAAAUUCUCAGGGCGCAUCUGCAAGGGGUACCCUAAGGCGCAAGGAACACAAGAAAGUCCUGACCCAUCAUCUAUACUUUUGUAUGCGCGAUUUCGGCCAUUUUGUUGGCGAGGAUGCUGAGAUAUAUUUUUCUCUAUAUGACUCAAGACGCGGUCAGUACCUGAGCGAACGAUUUCUAGUCCGUAUAUCCAAGGAGGGCUUCUCCAACUACGUUGAGAAAAUGCACAACAACUGUACCAUCUUCACCGACCUGGGGAAUGCUGAUCUUGGGCGUGAUCUCUAUAUGGUUGCCCACGUUAUGCGUUGUGGUAGAAUGCUGUAUUCCGAUUCUGGAAAAAAUAAAGCUGGCAGCUCUGUCUAUAGAAGACCUCAUGGAGUAGCUGCUUUGUCACUAGCUGAGGCCACUCAGGAUCACACUGAAGAAUUGGAGAUGAUGUUCAAAGUUUAUCAAGGCGAGGAGAAAGAAUUUCAUCAGUUGCACGAACAGAUCAUUCGUAAUAAUAAAUGUUCACCGCUUCCUGGCCAACCGAAUUAUGGUAUCGUAGUGUCACUACGUGUUCUUCAUGGUGAACUGUCUCAAGUUCGUGAGGAACAUCCUCUUCUCUUUAAGAACACAUGUCUGACGAAGAAGCUUGGAUUUUCCGAUGUUAUCAUGCCUGGUGACGUGAGGAAUGACUUGUAUUUAAGGCUAGAGAGAGGAGAAUUUGAGCGAGGUGGAAAAUCUACUGGAAAAAAUAUCGAGGUGACUAUUCUUGUACUCGAUGCAGAAGGUCAUUCAUUGGAAGGCUGUCUGUUCGGUGCAGCGGGUGCUGAUGGAAGUUCGGAAUAUCAAAGUUUAGUUAUUUAUCAUCAUAACAGUCCGUCAUGGGCUGAAUCAGUUAGACUGGCUAUUCCUAUUGAUAAAUUCUAUAGCAGCCAUGUGCGUUUUGAAUUUCGACACUGUUCUACUCGAGAGAAGAACGACAAAAAGCUCUUUGCUUUUGCUUUUGUACGUCUAAUGGAACCUGGUGGUGCGACUUUACAAGAUGGUCAACAUGAACUCUAUAUAUAUAAAUGUGAAGAGCGUGUUAAAUUGGAUUCUCUGAGUUACUUAUCUUUACCUAGCAGUGCACAUGAACCAAAUGCACCAGGACCUGCGCCAUUCACAAGAUCACAAAAGGAAGCAGUGUUCGUACACACGUUAUUAUGCAGCACAAAACUAACUCAAAAUGUGGAUCUACUAAGUCUCCUCCAAUGGAAAGCUCAUCCAGAAAGAAUAUCCGAAGCGUUAGGUCGUGUACUCAGACUUGGCGGUGAGGAACUAGUCAAAUUCCUUCAGGAUAUCCUGGACGCACUAUUUUCCAUGUUUCACACCGAAGACGGAAACUCAACGGCGCAUUCUGGCUUGGUAUUCCAAGUGCUGGUUUCUAUAUUUAGCCUCUUGGAGGAUUCCAAGUUCGAACACUUCAAACCUGUGAUGGAUGCUUAUAUUUCGGAUCACUUCGCUGCCGCAUUAGUUUAUAAGGGUUUGCUGAGCAGCGUACAGCACUGUGCCGAUUGGGCAACGGCUGCAGAGAAACAGGAACCCAUAAUGAAGUGCUUUCGGUCCUUGGAAUACAUUUUCAAGUUUAUCAUACAAAGUCGGCUCUUAUUUGCACGAGCUACGGCAGGUCAAUACGAGGAUAGUUUUAAAAGAGAUCUAUACUGCGUAUUUGCAGCCCUUAACAAAAUGCUGAGUAUACCAUAUGACAUGGUGCUACUGUCCCAGGUUGCUCUACUAUUAUCAAUCUCAGCAGUUUUUGAACAGCUGAUGGCAGUACUGCCGGUGCUGGAAGUUGCCAAGUUGACGUGCACCAUGUUAGACUCUGUGCCAAGAGAACCUCCGCCACAGCUUAUGCAAGCUAAACUUGUAGCCAUAAAGAAUCUCGUGACCUCCAAACUUUUUCAGGACGACGAGAGCAGAAAUCUAUUGCUACUUACUAUCUGUCGACAUUUGCGGAUUCAUUUAGCUCGAAGAGAAGAGCUUAGAUCCUGCACAGAUAUUCUUGGUGAGAUCCUGAGCUUCCUUCACAAAAGAGGCCGCGACACGAAUAAAGUUAAUAACUGUAUACAUCACGACGUGGAGACGCUCUGCUUGUCUACCCUUGACGUUCUUAUACAGACUAUCCUCAUAAUAAUAGACUCUAAUAGUCCUGUUUUGGGAUGUCUUGUGGCUUGUUUGAUUGGACUCUUACAACUUCUUGAUGAAUAUCAUUACUCGAGGCUCUUCGAAGACUUAACUCAUGGUGGUGAGAGAAAGCCACUCAAGGAUUUUCUGCUCAGGGUGUUCCUAGUAUUCAGAGACUUGGUUCGCCAGGAAGUUUUUCCACCUGACUGGCUCGUCAUCAGGAUGCAAGCAAACAAUAUCAUCUUAAAGUCUCUACAGGAACUGGCUCAGCCUCUGGCAUUCCGAUUCCUUCAUGGGAGCUUCGACUCUCAACUCUGGUCCACGUACUUCAACCUUGCCGUGACCUAUCUCACGCAGCCAUCUUUACAACUCGAACAAUUCUCCGAGGUAAAGCGAGAGAAGAUUGUCGAAAAGUAUGGCGAUAUGAGAGUCCUUAUGGGUUUUCAAAUCCUAUCGAUGUGGUCUCACUUGGGCGAACGGAAGCUGGACUUUAUACCGGGUAUGGUGGGACCUUUUUUGGAAGUCACCCUCGUGCCGGAGAGCGAAUUGCGAAAAGCUACAUUACAUAUUUUCUUUGACAUGAUGGAAUGUGAGCAACGGGCCAGAGGCAGUUUUAAGUCUGUCGAGUCUGAGCUUAUUGAUAAAUUGGAUAUAUUGAUAAGCGAGAAUAAAGGAGACGACGAGUAUAGGCAGCUAUUCAAUACCAUGGAACAUCUCAGUGCUGUAUUAUUAGACAGAGUACAGUCGGAAGAUCCAACCUGGAAGGACAGUGGUACCGCCUUCAUUACAUCAGUCACACGAUUACUGGAGAGAUUACUGGACUACAGGAGUGUAAUACAGGGUGAUGAGAAUCGAGAUAAACGAAUGUCGUGCACUGUGAAUCUAUUGAACUUUUACAAAAACGAGUUCAAUCGCAAGGAAAUGUAUCUACGAUAUAUCUACAAGCUUCACGAUCUUCACUUAGCAGCUGAAAAUUACACUGAGGCUGGAUUCACUAUGAAACUUUACGCCGAUCAGCUAAGUUGGGGUUCCACUCCAUUACCACCUGAUCAUGCUCAUCCUCAGCAGCCUGAGUGGCAAAGGAAGGAGCUUCUGUAUCAUCAGAUCAUUCAUUACUUUGAUCGUGGAAAGUGCUGGGAAAAGGGUAUACCCUUGUGUAAAGAGUUGGCUGUCUUAUACGAGACCAGACUCUACGAUUAUGCAAAAUUGAGUCAUAUACUUAAAACACAAGCAAAAUUUCUGGAUAAUAUUUUGACUCAGCUUCGACCUGAGCCUGAAUACUUUAGAGUUGGUUUCUAUGGUCUGAGUUUUCCACUGUUCGUCAGGAACAAACUAUUUAUUUAUCGGGGGUUGGAAUACGAGAGGAUAGGUGCGUUCACUCAGCGCCUGCAAACCGAAUUUCCAAGCGCGCAGAUUCUCAUGAAGAAUUCACCACCUGAUGAGAGUAUUAUAUCAUCGGAAGGACAAUAUAUUCAAAUAUGCAACGUGAAACCAAUCCCUGAAGAAGGUAGCUUAGGUUCUAGUACAGCUGAAGUUCCAGACAGAGUGGUAGCGUUUUAUCUGGUGAAUGACGUAAGAAAGUUUACAUUCGAUCGUCCUCUACACAGAGGACCAGUGGAUCGUGAGAACGAAUUCAAGUCUCUCUGGAUAGAACGGACGAUCUUAACGACUGAAGCUAAGCUACCAGGUAUUCUUCGUUGGUUUGAAGUCAUCAAAAAGAGAUCUGAACUCUUGGCUCCGGUGCAAUACGCUUGUGAGACAAUGCAGAGCGUGGAGAGAGAAUUGAGAAGGCUGGUAGCACAAUAUACAGCCGAACCUCAUAGAAACAUAAAUCCAUUCAGUAUGAGACUUCAGGGAAUAAUCGAUGCGAAUGUUAUGGGUGGUAUAACAAAGUACCAGGAAGCUUUCCUAACGCCUGAAUUCGCAAGACAGAAUCCGGAUAUGGUACAGCACGUGAAUAGACUCAAGAGUCUGAUACUGGACCAAAUGAGUGUAUUGGAAUCUGGUCUUGUUCUUCACGGACAAAUUGCACCUGCAGGUGUUCAGCCAUUGCACAAAAGAUUGAUUGAAAGAUUCACACAAUUGAAACAAGGAUUGGAUCCAUUAGCUAGACAGCGAACUGUACAUCAGGAUAGUAUUGUGAAUUCUCCACUGCCACCAUUACCGGUGAACGAGAAACAACGACCAGCUACCCUGGAGUCGUUUGGCUCCAGGAUAUCACACGCUGAAAGUGAUGGUCUUCCUGAGGAUGAGGGAUUCUACACAAGACUAGAGGGUGCACCACCACCAAUCCCUCAAAGGGAAGUACGUCCACGUUCUGUAGGCUAUGGAACAACACCUCCCAGACCGACACACCAAAGAUCACUGAGCAAGCCACUCAGUCCAAAGUUGCCAUUAAGACAUUCUCUACCUACUCCUACAGAUGGUAGUGAUCAGACAAACAUGAGGAGUUCCUGGAGCGAACCAGGACCAGAACCAGCUCCACCGUUACCACCUAGAGGAUGCACACCUGACAAAAGAGAUUCAAACUCUAGCUCAAUAGCGCCACCGGCACCGCCAAAACGUUUGACGCACAAACGUAACACGGAAUGGAGCACAGAUGACGACGCAGAGUUACCAAGCGAAUCGAAUGAUCUACGCGAUAGUGGAAUCUCGACAGCUAGUAUCUCGGAUCUUCAAUCUCACUUGACAAAUUUGAAUAAUCUCAGCUACGAGGAUUUUGAACCUCGCGCACGAUGCAAUGACGUUAUGAACAUUUCUCCUCCUUCUGUGAUAAAUGCGUUGAACGUUACUGCUGGCAACUUUCCAAGUGGUACAUUCCAGGGGUCACAAAUAGUCUUCAGUCAGGAGGUAAGUCCACCUCCAAUUCCACCAAAAGCACAUCAGGACAUACCUUCUACACCUUCAACUUUGGAACGGGUCCCUAACAGGAUCCAGGGAUCUGGACACGCUGAGAAUUACUCUGUGCCAAAGUUACAAACACUCUCCAUGGCGUCGGAUGCAGAGAGCAGCGUGUAGCAAUUAUAUCUUCUAGUCCUAGCGAUUAGACCUGGUGCGCGAAUACCAUAAGAAUUUUAGAUCUGACUCUAUACGAGUGGAUGGACUCAGUUCCAUCCCCAUGGAUCAUUGGCUUAUACUUUUGUCCGUAACAAAAUCUUGAAACUUGACUGGAUAGAACGUUGCAAUUGACAAAGAGAGGAUAUUAGAUUUUGAUUUAAAAAAUUCUCUAGAGGAUAAAUUGUUUGAUAAGUAAAAGAUAGAGGCGGACAUAAAUGGGAUUUGCACGACACCAGGAUUUUAGCCAUAAUGAAACUGCUGUAACAAUCUAAGUGAAAUCUAAAUCAUUAUUCCGUAUGGAUUAUACCCACCUGCAUGUAUCGUAUGUACCUUGGUAGGUUCCUUCCGUUUUGACAUUAAAUCGUUCAAAGUCUUACUGCCACCUGACAUUCGAAAUACUCAGGAAAAUUAAAUACGAAACAAUUUUAACUUUAUUUCUUUGGUACUAAUGUCAAAACCGAAUGAUACCAAUUUUACUUUAAAGACGACGCUCUUUCGAGUAUUAAUCUAACUAUAUUUUGUAAUUUAUUUAUAUUUUCAAUGAGAAUAAAAGUCAUUUUUAUCAAUAAAAACACUCGUACCGCAUAAAAGAAAGUAAGAAAUAAAAUACUUCAUACGGAGCUCCCGUGCGUUGCGUCAGUAUAUAAAAUAAAUAUUAUUAUCAUAAGAUCAAAUAUACCACAUAUAUAGUACAAGUCGCGGAAAUAGAUUCCAUAUUAAGGGUAUAUAAAUUAUGUAUUUUGUCAUGAUUCUUCAUAUAAAUAUAUACAAAAGUUUGAGUAUUG